AUGUCGGAUGCUCGCUUGUCCUCGUUGGACACCCUACGUCUCUCCCAAUCAUUGUCGCACAACGACGCCCAAUCCACACCUCUGGAUUCCCAGAGUAACAGGCCUUCGGCUUCGAAGACAGAAUCAAAGACGGAUCAUUUCGGAUUCCUAGAAGUCCAGUCUGGAACUGACCCUGUCGUCGAGCAAGUACCCCAGCUAUUACACGUGCUCGCCGCUCACCUAGCUUUCCCCGCCAGUAUCGUCGCUAUUCAUGGUCUGCAAGGACAUAGAGAGAAGACAUGGACGACAGAAGACGGAGACUUGUGGCUACGUGACCUCUUGCGUACCGACAUACCCAACGCUCGAGUCCUUCUCUAUGGAUACGACGCCGACACUCGCAGUCGAGAAUGUGUAUCAACCCAGACGAUGCGUCGACAUGCCGAGAAGUUAGCCCAGGCACUCUCACGGGUACGCAAGGACGCUCGACGUCCGAUCAUUUUCGUUGCCCAUGAUCUAGGAGGCAUCAUUCUCAAAUGGGCUCUCGUCAUUUGCCAUAAUGAGAGUUUGACAUCCAAGAGUGGCCUUCGGGACGUGGUCGUAUCCACACAUGGAAUCUUAUUCUUUGGAACCCCGCACUCCGGCCUCGAAAAUACAAACAUUCUUGAAGGAAUCAACCUCUUGGCGUCGGUAUACAUGGAGACUACCGACAAUAUCAUCAAGGAUCUUCGAUCCAAUUCGGCUGAACUCGAGAACAUUCAGAGUCUGUACGUUGCGGCGAGUGAGAAGAUCAACAGCAUCUUCUUUUAUGCGGAGUAUGCGACAUCAGGUAUUGGGAAUCGUGGAGACCUGAAUGUUCCAUAUCACUCAGCCACUAUCUCCGGUGACCGCAACGGGACGCCGAUCGUGCUUCAUGCGAAUCACCGCAACAUGGUUCGAUUUUCAUCCAAAGAUGAAGAAAACUAUAAAACGGUUUAUCAUCGCCUCAAGGGGUACGUCGACAAUGCCAGCCUGGCAGUGCAGGAGAAGUGGGCAAUAGAGGACAAGCUUCGCACUGUAGCAAAUGAGGAAUGUGCCCCUCCAGAGGACAUACUGCCUAAACCUCGUCCAUCCGUAUCAAGGAGCUACAUCAAGCGAGAGGCGGUCCAGUCCCUCAUCACGCAGAAGUUGCUCCCGGGUGGUCAGGUGCAACGUCAACCAAGGUGUAUAUUACAUGGAAUCGGAGGGUCAGGUAAGACUCAACUAGCAACGAACUGGAUUGGAGAGAACGAAGCCAGGUUUACUCGGGUGAUUUUUGUCGACGCCUCCAGUCAGACGCAAAUUGAAGCAGACUUGGAGCAAUUUAUUCGCUCCUUGGGUCCGGAGUACAGAGCGAUGGGGUGGAAGGAUGCAGUUGCCUACCUCGACGGCAAAGAAAGAGGCUGGUUACUAUUCGUGGACAAUGCCGACUCCCAAAACCUCGACCUUGGCCCAUAUCUUCCCGCUUCCAUUCACGGGUUUAUUUUGAUCACCACGAGGAAUAGCGAGUGCAUAAGCUACGCUCCGGAUGGCGCUGUUGCUGUUGGUGAUCUCGAGGAAAACGAGGCGGUCAAUCUGCUUCACAAACUCGCCAAUGCCUCGCCUACAUCCAACACCAAGUCUAUCGAGAUCGUUCAGGAGUUGGGGAUGCUGGCGCUCGCGAUCACUCAAGCAGGAGUGUACAUUCGCAAAACACGGCGACUCGAAACGUAUGUGAACACGUUUCGAAAGCACCGAGACGAACUCCUGCGCAAGCAGCCAGAUUUCGGCAACGAGUAUACAUCGUCGACAUACACCGCAUUCGACCUGUCGUUCCACAAUUUGCCGGCGAAGACGCAAGACUUCCUGAAGAUUUGCGCAUUUCUUCACCAUUCGCUCAUCCCGAUUUCAUUGUUUGAGCACUCGAUAGAGUCCAGCUUUACUACAUACACUGUUUUGAAUGACUUUCCUCCCCCUGAGUCUGACAAAACAUUCAUCUCAACGCUCCAGGAGAUUCUAGGCACGGCGUGGAACGAGGUCGCAUUCCAGGAGAUCAUUGACUCGGCAUCUCAAGCGUCAUUUAUCAAUGCUUCGAACGAUGGGUUAUUCUACACUGUGCAUCCACUCCUUCAGAUGUACAUCAAGGAUUAUCUUAACGAUGAAGAUAAUCGACACUAUGCGCGCACGGCGACACAACUCGUACUGGGGGCAAUCCGGCCGUUGGAGGAUAGCAAUGGGCGGCUUUGGCAAUUGCUUCCACAUGCUAGCAAUAUUCCUCGGUCAGUGCAAUCGGAGGAUGUGGCACACGCAUUGGCAUUCCACAAGCUUUACCACUCGUUGGGUGGCUGGAGGGCUUGCCAAGAACUGCUAAAAUGUGCACUCUCCAAAGUCCAGCAGUGUCACGGUCAACGGCACAAAAGCUCAAUAUGGGUGAUGGUCGAGCUUGGGGACAUGUUAGAGAAGUGUGGUCAGUCGGAAGAAGCAGAAAAGAUUGAGCGAGAGGUACUCGCUCUGCGGCUCGACAUCCUUGGACAGCGCCAUCCAGAUACCAUUUCGGCAAUGGCCAACCUUGCUGUCACCUUGAACCAGCGUGGUCAGUUGGACGAAGCAGAGAAGAUGAUGCGAGAGGUACUCGCUCUGCGGCUCGACAUCCUUGGACAGCGCCAUCCAGAUACCAUUUCGGCAAUGGGCAACCUUGCCAACAUCUUGAACCAGCGUGGUCAGUUGGACGAAGCAGAGAAGAUGAUGCGAGAGGUACUCGCUCUGCGGCUCGACAUCCUUGGACAGCGCCAUCCAGAUACCAUUUCGGCAAUGGCCAACCUUGCCGUCACCUUGAACCAGCGUGGUCAGUUGGACGAAGCAGAGAAGAUGAGGCGAGAGGUACUCGCUCUGCGGCUCGACAUCCUUGGACAGCGCCAUCCGGAUACCAUUUCGGCAAUGGGCAACCUUGCCGUCACCUUGAACCAGCGUGGUCAGUUGGACGAAGCAGAGAAGAUGAGGCGAGAGGUACUCGCUCUGCAGCUCGACAUCCUUGGACAGCGCCAUCCAGAUACCAUUUCGGCAAUGGGCAACCUUGCCGUCACCUUGUCUGAUCGUGGUCAGUUGGACGAAACAGAGAAGAUUGAGCGAGAGGUACUCGCUCUGCAGCUCGACAUCCUUGGAAAGCGCCAUCCAGAUACCAUUUCGGCAAUGGGCAACCUUGCCGUCACCUUGUCUGAUCGUGGUCAGUUGGACGAAACAGAGAAGAUUGAGCGAGAGGUACUCGCUCUGCAGCUCGACAUCCUUGGAAAGCGCCAUCCGAAUACCAUUUCGGCAAUGGCCAACCUUGCCAACACCUUGAACCAGCGUGGUCAGUUGGACGAAGCAGAGAAGAUGAGGCGAGAGGUACUCGCUCUGCGGCUCGACAUCCUUGGACAGCGCCAUCCAGAUACCAUUUCGGCAAUGGGCAACCUUGCGGCCACCUUGAACCAGCGUGGUCAGUUGGACGAAGCAGAGAAGAUUCAGCGAGAGGUACUCGCUCUGCAGCUCGACAUCCUUGGACAGCGCCAUCCAGAUACCAUUUCGGCAAUGGGCAACCUUGCGGCCACCUUGAACCAGCGUGAUGAGCGAGAGGUACUCGCUCUGCAGCUCGACAUCCUUGGACAGCGCCAUCCAGAUACCAUUUCGGCAAUGGGCAACCUUGCGGUCACCUUGAACCAGCGUGGUCAGUUGGACGAAGCAGAGAAGAUGAGGCGAGAGGUACUCGCUCUGCAGCUCGACAUCCUUGGACAGCGCCAUCCAGAUACCAUUUCGGCAAUGGCCAACCUUGCCAACACCUUGAACCAGCGUGGUCAGUUGGACGAAGCAGAGAAGAUGAUGCGAGAGGUACUCGCUCUGCAGCUCGACAUCCUUGGAAAGCGCCAUCCGGAUACCAUUUCGGCAAUGGCCAACCUUGCUGUCACCUUGUCUGAUCGUGGUCAGUUGGACGAAGCAGAGAAGAUGAGGCGAGAGGUACUCGCUCUGCGGCUCGACAUCCUUGGACAGCGCCAUCCAGAUACCAUUUCGGCAAUGGGCAACCUUGCCAACACCUUGAACCAGCGUGGUCAGUUGGACGAAGCAGAGAAGAUGAUGCGAGAGGUACUCGCUCUGCAGCUCGACAUCCUUGGAAAGCGCCAUCCGGAUACCAUUUCGGCAAUGGGCAACCUUGCCGUCACCUUGAACCAGCGUGGUCAGUUGGACGAAGCAGAGAAGAUGAUGCGAGAGGUACUCGCUCUGCAGCUCGACAUCCUUGGAAAGCGCCAUCCGGAUACCAUUUCGGCAAUGGGCAACCUUGCCGUCACCUUGAACCAGCGUGGUCAGUUGGACGAAGCAGAGAAGAUGAGGCGAGAGGUACUCGCUCUGCGGCUCGACAUCCUUGGACAGCGCCAUCCAGAUACCAUUUCGGCAAUGGGCAACCUUGCCGUCACCUUGUCUGAUCGUGGUCAGUUGGACGAAACAGAGAAGAUUCAGCGAGAGGUACUCGCUCUGCGGCUCGACAUCCUUGGACAGCGCCAUCCAGAUACCAUUUCGGCAAUGGGCAACCUUGCCGUCACCUUGAACCAGCGUGGUCAGUUCGACGAAGCAGAGAAGGUGAGGCGAGAGGUACUCGCUCUGCAGCUCGACAUCCUUGGACAGCGCCAUCCAGAUACCAUUUCGGCAAUGGGCAACCUUGCCAACACCUUGAACCAGCGUGGUCAGUUGGACGAAGCAGAGAAGAUUCAGCGAGAGGUACUCGCUCUGCGGCUCGACAUCCUUGGACAGCGCCAUCCAGAUACCAUUUCGGCAAUAGGCAACCUUGCCAACACCUUGAACCAGCGUGGUCAGUUGGACGAAGCAGAGAAGAUGAUGCGAGAGGUACUCGCUCUGCGGCUCGACAUCCUUGGACAGCGCCAUCCACAUACCAUUUUGGCAAUGGCUAACCUUGCUGUCACCUUGUUUGAUCGUGGUCAGUUGGACGAGGCAGGAAAGAUUGAGCAGGACGUCCUUGCUCUGCGGCUGGAGACUCUCGGUCCGCGCCAUCCAACAACUCUCAAUGCCUCAUACAGCCUCUCUAUCACAUUAUGCAGGAAUAAUCAACUCAGCGAAGCUGCAAGGCUCCUUCAAGAGACCAUGGAACUACGCGUUGAAGUCUUGGAACUUGUGUGGGAACUCCUUUCUGGGAUCGAAUACGAGCUCAGCAUUGACAACUACUCGCUGAGCGACGACGCCUCCAAGAUCUUGAGUGGCCACUCACCCGUCUCAUGCCCGGUGCAGCCAAACUCGUCCGACAGUUACAUGCACAGCAUCCCCAUGGCCAUCGCAAUUGGUUCCAUCAGACGUAAUUUCGAUCUAAAGACCCACCACGAAAAGUGCGAUCCCGAAAAGGUCGAAAUCUUUCGGUUAUUCGGCGACAAGAUUAUGUGUGGUGAUGACUCGGAGCAUGGAAAGGCUGUUUGGAGUACCGAAAAGGUUGUACGAGGAAAACCAUUUCCGGAUAUUUUUCUCUGUGCAGCAGAGUUGAUUGGCAGAAAUGUUGGAAGGGAGGAGCACGAUAUCAGCAAACAAGAGAAGCUUGAGAGGAGCAAAGGUUUGGUCUUCGAACACGGAAUCCCGGGUGUUUUGGGUGGCAAAGCAGCUGGGAUGCAAAUCGUUUGGGUACCGGAUCCAAAUCUACUCGCCGUCGACUCGUCCUUGGACGUGACCAUGCUUUCCUCCCUAGAGCAGUUUCAACCUGAGGAAUGGGGCCUUCCUGCGUACGAUUCGGACCCAAAAGCAUCUUAA